UUUUCUUGUUACCUUUUGCUCUUAAUUACACCUAUUUCUUUUUCAUUCACUUUUGCAAUUUCGCAUUUACAAAUAUGGCAAGUGAGCAAAAAAGAUGGUUUGUUAUGCAAGUAAUAGUAACACUUUUAGUAUUGAAAAUGGUUUCUUUUGGUGUUAAUGGUGACCCUCAAGUUCCAUGUUACUUCAUUUUCGGUGAUUCUUUGGUCGAUAAUGGGAAUAAUAAUCGUAUCGCGUCAUUAGCUAGAGCAAAUUAUCUUCCUUAUGGUAUUGAUUUUCCGGAUGGCCCGACUGGACGCUUUAGCAAUGGCAAAACAGUUGUUGAUACUGUUGCUGAGCUUCUGGGAUUCGAUUCUUAUAUCACUCCAUAUGCAAAUGCAAGGGGUCGUGACAUACUUAACGGUGUGAAUUAUGCCUCAGCAGCAGCUGGAAUCAGAGACGAAACUGGACAACAAUUGGGUGCACGAAUUAGCUUUGGUGGGCAAGUAAACAAUUACAAAAAUACGGUUUCACGAGUUGUGGAUAUACUUGGAGAUGAAGAUUCAGCAGCAAAUUAUCUUAGACAAUGCAUAUAUUCGGUUGGGUUAGGAAGCAAUGAUUACCUUAAUAACUAUUUCAUGCCUAAUUACUACCAAACUAGCAAUCAAUAUACACCGGAACAAUAUGCCUCGGUUCUCAUUCAACAAUAUUCUGAACUCCUGAGAGAAUUGUAUAACUAUGGUGCAAGGAAAUUUGUGUUGAAUGGGAUAGGACAAAUUGGGUGUAGUCCAAAUGCAUUGGCUCAAAACAGCGAAGAUGGAUCCACUUGCGUCGAAAAGAUCAAUUCCGCAAACCAAAUGUUCAACAACCAGCUGAAAUCUCUUGUUGAUAACGCAAACAGAGAUUUACCGGAUGCUAAAUUUAUUUACAUCAACAAUUAUGACAUUUUCCAGGACCUGAUCAAUAGUCCCCAAUCUUAUGGUUUCACAGUCACGAAUGCCGGAUGUUGUGGAGUGGGAAAGAACAAUGGGCAAAUCACUUGUCUACCUGGUCAAACACCUUGUCAAAAUAGAAAUGAGCAUCUAUUUUGGGAUGCUUUUCACCCUAGUGAAGCCGCGAAUGUGAUUGUUGGUAGGAGAUCUUACAGUGCCCAGGCAUCCUCGGACGCUUAUCCUAUGGAUAUUCGUCAAUUGGCUCAGCUUUAGACGUAUUUAUUCUUGUUGGAUGUGUACUACUUUGUAUCGAUUUUGUGUUUGAUGAUUGUUUUUUUGUCGCGAUUAUUAUGAAAAAUGUACUUAAUAUAUUUUUUUAAU